UCUUCUUCUAUCUCUAUAUUCAUUUACUUCAAACCAUAUAUAAUGGGUGAUCUUUCUUUCCCCAAUGCUAAUGUCAAUGGCAAUGGCAAUGUGAUUGCGAAUACAUACUCUCAAAGGAAAAGUUGUUGGUAUGAAGAAGAGAUUGAAGAGAACUUAAGAUGGUGUUUUGCUCUUAAUAGCAUACUUCACACAGGGGCCACUCAGUUUCAGGAUAUUCAACUUUUGGACACAAAGCCCUUUGGGAAGGCUCUAGUGAUAGAUGGAAAAUUACAGAGUGCAGAAAUAGAUGAAUUCAUCUACCAUGAGUCACUUGUUCAUCCACCACUUAUACAUCACCCAAAUCCCAAGACCAUAUUUGUUAUGGGGGGAGGUGAAGGUUCCACUGCAAGGGAGCUACUUAGACACAAAACUGUGAGCAAAGUAGUCAUGUGUGACAUUGAUGAGGAAGUGGUGGAAUUUUGUAAGUCGUAUUUGGCAGUUAACAGUGAAGCGUUUUGUGAUCCGAGACUUGAGCUCAUCAUCAACGAUGCAAGGGCUGAACUAGAGAAAAGAGAAGAUAAAUAUGAUGUGAUCAUAGGAGACUUGGCUGACCCAAUUGAAGGAGGUCCAUGUUACCAGCUUUACACCAAAACCUUCUAUGAACUUACUGUUAAACCAAGACUCAUGGAGGGCGGCAUUUUUGUUACACAGGCUGGACCAGCUGGUGUUUUUAGCCAUACAGAAGUGUUUUCUUGUAUUUUCAACACUCUCAAGCAGGUUUUCAAAUAUGUGGUGCCAUAUUCUGCCCACAUUCCUUCCUAUGCUGACAUUUGGGGAUGGGUCAUGGCAUCAGAUUAUCCAAUAACACUAAGCCCAGAUGAACUGGAUUUGAGAAUGAAGCUAAGGAUCAAUGGGGAGAAUAGAUUCCUUGAUGGCAAAACAUUUGUUUCGGCUUCUACUUUGAGCAAAGCAGUUCGAAAAUCACUGGAUGAUGAAACACAUGUGUACACUGAGGAUUCGGCAAGGUUCAUAUAUGGACAUGGCCAUGGUUCCGCUAACAAGCACAACCACGCUUGACACGAUUAUUAUAGAUUACAAGCUCUAGAAAAUUCUCAUAUUGUUGUUAUAUUUGUUAUUUCUGCAUUUUAUAUCUUCUCUGUACUAUGUUUCUUUUGCUUAUCAUGUAGUCUACAAUGGUAAAUUCUAAAAUUGCUACUGAAUUUAUGGGAGGA